AUGAUAGAACAGUUGAAAUGCAUGUCGAACACGUCUGCCAGAUAUGUCAGGAAUUAUCAGUUAUAUUCUGUUAUUGGAAGUGGAGCCUUUGGGGUUGUUUAUUGUGCCAAAAAGAAUGACGGCAACAAGUGGUUUGCGAUCAAAGAGGCAUGCAGUUUUACUAAGAACUUGCAGAUAAAGACGUGGAUGCUUAGAAACCUAACAGAUGGAAAUAUUGAGAACACCAUCCGGGAAUUGGCCAUGAUAGAACAAGAACUGGACCACCCAAACAUUGUCAAAUAUUACAAAACAUUCCUCGAAAACGACUCCCUUUACAUUUUGAUGGAUUAUAUCGACGGAAUUUCCAUCGACCAUUUCGUGUUCUACGCUCAAGAACGUGACCAAAACAUCGAAGAGGACAGAAUAUGGGGAAUGACAGUCCAGUGGGGACAAGGUCAUUUUGCUGGUGCAUCUGUUGGAUUUAAAUGGUCUAGUCCAGAAAUAGUACUGAACAAAGACUACACAAAUAAAGUGGACAUAUGGUCAAUGGGAUGUGUCCUUUAUAAUAUUUGUCAACAUAAAUUGCCAUUUAAUGGAGAGAAUAUGCUUGAACUAGUCACAAACGUAACACACAGAAUAAAAUCGUAGAUUGUGGAGGGCAAAUACUCGCCGAUUCAAAAAUAUUCUCACCAGUUGCAAACACUUAUUUCCAAGUUGAAUUAUAAUUUAAUGUGAGGUGUCUCACCGUGCCAGUGGAGGACAGGCCAGACAUUGAGCAAAUUGGUACCUCAGUCAGCGAUAAAAUGAUCAAGUAUUUCGAGUCCAAUCACAGGUCCACAAUUCGCAUGCAAAAAAGUCUCAACAAACAAAC